AUGCCUCCCUUGGAGAGGAGAAACACUGUAAACCAAUGGCCGCCCCUGGUGGUGACGUUCACUACCGUGACCCACAAGGAUGAAACUUCCCAGACCAGCCUCACCCUCAGCAGGGGAAAGAGAAGCUACCCAGACCUACACACCUUUGUGCAGGACAUGAAGGACGACCAUUGGAAUCUGCUGAGUGAGAAUAUGCGUGCCGGGAUGAGCAGACAUGAGUUUAGUGCCAAGUGCAUGGAUAUUGUAGCAUGGGUGAUGGAGUCUACAUCCACUGUGGUUGUUCCCGCCCUUGACCUCACCAUGCAGAUAGAGCUCUCUGAUUCGCCAAGCUCUUCUGGAUCAGGAAGUAAUGAGGCAGGAGAGGUGACCUCUCUUGGCCGCAGCGUCAGAUUCAGCUGUAGUGGAGGAGCCAGCAGGUGCACCAGCGCCAGAACUGCCUACAGCACACGCACUCCCACGCCUUUCCCCUCCUCUCACAGGUCCAUGACCUCUUUGCUAAGUGAGAACGAAGAGCGAUAUGUCUCCUCACCUGAGGGUGGCGAUAGAGAGAUGAGACACAGACCACACUCAGCACCACUGAGAUCUGUGUUUGGCAUCUCUGAGGACUCUGUCUUCGACAUGGUCCAGAGCGGCCAGUCGCAGGGUGACAUCAUACCGCCGCCCAAACGGAGUAGACAGGAGAAAUAAAGACCUAGCAAAAUGUCAACGGAUGGCAAGUUUAUGAUGGGUAUUGUCUAGUUGGUUAUAAACCUUCUCAACUCCAGAUUGGCUGAGCUAA